UUUUGCAUUCCUUCACAUGCCUUCCAGUUGUGAUGUUUUUGGUUUGUUGACAAGUGUGCUGAUUUCUCGGGUGUUUCAGUUGCUAGUUUGUUGUACCUUUCUGUAUGAGUUGUACCACUCUUUAAUUCAAUAUGUCGGGUUCAUUGAAUUUCAACACGGUAUCAGUAGAUCAUCGAUCCGCGUGCCUUUGCGCUUCGUUUCUCAAUCAGUCGAUGAAAGUCUCCUUUGCAACAAGUACGUUAAUAUGAGGUUAGAUGAUCACAAUUUUCUGUUGUAGAAACAACAUGUUCUUCUGAUGAUUCAAGGUCACGAGCUUGAAGAUUUUCUUGAUGAGGCAUUUCCGGUUCCACCACAGACGGUUCUUGAUGAUAGUGGUGAGAUUGUUGUUAAUCCGGUGUAUCGAGCUCAAAAGAAACAUGAUAGUUCGUUGGCAUCUUGGUUACUUUCGACAAUUAGCCUAUCAAUCUUACCUCAGUUAGUGGGAGCAACGACGUCGACAAAGAUCUGGAGUGUGCUUCAGCUUUUCUCCAAACUGACAACCACAAAGAUUGUGAGUUUGCAUUGUCGUCUUCAGUCUCUUAAAAAAGGAGAUUCCACUGUUCUUGAGUUUUCUGUUCAGAUCAAAGAGAUUUGUGAUCUCUUUUCCACUAGUGGUAGUCUGGUUCCUGAGGCCCAAAAGUUUGCUACGCUGUUAAACGGGGUUCCUGUUGAGUUUGAACCUUUUAUGGCAGCUAUAACAGUUAGUCGUGAACCGUACACCUUUGAGAUAGUUACCUCUAUACUUACUGAUGCUGAAUCUCACAUCCGUCAUCCCAUGAGAGCCUCGGUCAGUAUUAAUUUGGGGAGACAUGAAUGGUCUAGUGGUGGCAACGAUGAUGCUCGUGGUAAGAAUCCUGCUAACUCCCGUUACAAAGGGAGGCCGAGGCAUCUAUGUCAAUUAUGUGGCAAGACGAAGAGAAUUGGGCAAGAAGCAAGCAUGUUGAUAUUUUUUAACUCUGAUUGGGCAUCUUGCGUUACGUCAAGAAGAUCAGUCACAGGAUUUUGUAUAAAACUAGGAAGGACUUCGAUAUCCUGAGAGUCAAAGAAACAGAGUACUAUAGCUGGGUCAUCAGCAGAGGCAAAAUAUAAGAGUAUGGCUAUCACAGUGGCAGAGAUUGCAUGGUUAACUGGACUGUCGAAAGAAUUGGGAAAGAAGAGCAUAGC